GCUUGACAGGCUGGUAGGCUGAAGCCUGGGCCCUGGUUCACCUCUGUUCUCUUUUCUAAAUACCACACAUGGAGGAUUAUGGCGUAAAUGCGCACGCAUGAGCCAAACGUCUCCUCUCUGAGCUCGCUGAGUCGGUCGGUGCUGCUCUCCACAAAGAGGGGAACAGAGGUUCUCCUGGUGAAGAUUUUCCAUCUGCCCGCUGCCUUUGUUUGUCUCAUCGUUAACUGCAAGAUAAUGAGCAGCCCGCCGAGUCCAUCUCCAACCCGAUGGUUCAAAGCACUGCGCAGGACCAGGCUGGGAGAACCCUGUUUGAGAACGUACCCCCUGGAGUGCGUGGAGCUGCUGAGGAGGGCGAGAAUCGCCUUUCAGGCCGGACGGACCCUGAAGGAGGGUUUCAGGCUGGCCCAGCUGGAGGCUGUGGUGCGGAUGCUGGAAGAGCACGAGUGCGACUUUGUGGAUGCUCUUGGGAGGGACCUUCACAAGCCUCGGUUUGAGACGGUCGUGUUUGAACUGAUCACGGUCAAGAAUGAGGCUCUUCACGCCAUCAGCAACCUGAAGAAGUGGAUGGAACCUCAGUCUGUGGAAAAGAACCUGUCCACCUGCUUGGACGAGUGCCUGGUGACCCAUGAGCCACUGGGGGUGGUGUUCAUCAUGGCGACCUGGUGCUGUCCUGUCCAGAUGUGUUUAGUGCCUCUGGUUGGAGCCAUUGCAGCAGGAAACUGUGCACUCAUCAGUCCCUCUGAGAACACCGUGCACACAGCAGAGCUUCUGCAUCGUCUCGUUCCUUUCUACUUGGAUAAUGAAUGCUUCCAUGUGAUUCUUGCAGGCAUCGGUGAUUUGCCUGAGAUUGUAGAGCUUAAAUUUGACCACGUUUUUUUCACAGGAAACCGAGAGGAAGGAAGCAGGAUCGCUGUGGCUGCUGCUCGCACUUUUACUCCCACCACCCUGGUCCUGGGAGGAAAGAACCCGUGCUACGUGGACCAGCACUGUGACAUCGCCACCGCCGUGCAGAGAAUUGCUUGGGCGCGUUUCCACAAUGCGGGUCAGAGCCUGAUGGCCCCCAGCUACAUUCUCUGCCACACGGACGUCAAAGCGCGGCUCGUGCAGGCCCUGAAAUGCUGCAUGAUGCAGUUCUACGGCCCCGACCCGCGAGAGUCCCGCAGCUUUGGCCGCAUGGUCAACCUGGAGACCUUCAACCGUACCAGAGAGCUGCUGUGGAGAUCUGGCAAGGUGGUUGUUGGUGGGCAGGUGACGGAGGCAGAAAAGUAUAUUGCCCCGACAGUUCUGACAGAGGUGGCGGAAUCGGAUCCCAUCAUGCAGCAGGAGGUUUUCGGCCCGGUUCUCCCAAUCCUGACCGUGAACGAUGUGGAUGAAGCGAUUGCUUUUAUCAACAAGCAAGAGAAGCCUCUCUGUGUGUAUGCAUACUCCACCAACAAUAAGGUCAUUUCCAGACUAAUGAGUGAGACCUCUAGUGGUAGCUUUUGCUCUAAUGACUGCAUCUUUCAGAGCCUGAUGGUGGCGUUGCCCUUCGGGGGAGUGGGUGCCUGUGGAAUGGGGUCCUUCCAUGGCCGCUACAGCUUCGAUACUUUCUCGCACAGGAAAGCGUGCUUGCUUAGAGGGACGCGGUUCGAGUGCGUGACCUACCUGCGCUACCCGCCCUACGAAGACCGCAAUCUGUCUCUCAUGACGUGGGCCUGUACGCUUUCCCAGAAGAGCCAGGGCUGGUGCCAGAUCAUGUGACUGCCGCAAACACGCUACACGCAAAAGCCACACGCGACGGAGAAAUAUGCAAAGUAAUCCCAACGAGAGGCAGAUAAUGAUCAAUGUGGAAUCUAAAGGUUAAUCUAAAUUAUUUCAGGUUUAUAUGAUGAACUGCUGUGCUUGAUGUGGAAAAUGAUCACUUUGAUAAACGUGUACUGCUCAGCUGAUUUAUUUUUGUCUGAGCUAAAAACACUCUUCUCUGUAAAAAUGUCUACAACACAACUGGAGUUUCUGCGUCCAUCGUUGCAGGAACAAAUGACGACUUUGAUUUAAAGGUGUUUUCAUUCA